UUUGGUUUUAACGACGACACAAUAACUCAUCUUUCGGAAAAAUGUUACCCACAAAGUUUGUCGUCCAGCCGUCGGAGUCUCUAAAAUGCCCCAUUUGCAGAGAACUUUUCAAAGAUCCGGUUAUUUCAACUCAAUGCGGACAUACGUUUUGCAGAAAUUGCAUUCGAAAUGGGGUUUCUCUUACCGGAAAUGCGACAACGAAAUGUCCUCUUGAUGGAACAACUUUACAACGAACUCACUUAGUGUCGAACUUAGCCGUGCGAGGCCAGAUAGAAGACUUGUUGAUACACUGUAGGCACGGUUUAACACGAUCUGAUUCGGAAGAAGACUUUGAUAUAGACAGUAGUGGUUGUCAAGAGAGAAUUUCAUUUGGUCGACGGCGAGAACAUGAAGAUCUCUGCGGAUUCGCUUUGGUCCCUUGUCCAAACAGCUCAAAUCAAUGUGGAAAGUUUCGUCGUAAAUGCUUGGAGGAACACUUGAAAGUUUGUGCUCAGUACCGCUGUCAGUAUAGUGUCAAGGGUUGUGAACAUGUUGGAACUAAACAGAAUGUGGAAGAACAUGCAGAAGAAUGUAAAUUUAAACACAGCUCAGACCUGAUUAAGUGCCAAGCUCUCCAUUCUGAGUCCUCUGAAGAACUAAGAUCAUCAAUAAAGGUCCUUUCAGAUAGAGUGUCAUGGCUAGAGAGCCAUCAGGAUGCUUUAGUGACACAAGUUGAACAAUGCAAUAGUGCUAUUUCCAGAUUGUCAGAAACAGUAGAAGACCUAGCAUUUCAAGUGGAACAACUUUCAGUUAUUCUGAAGCGAUCAUCACUUUAUCGUGAAACAUCAAUUACCUCCAUCCCUGAAACAAUCAACAGUUCUCAGAGUACAAGCCCUGAUGAUACCACUUCAUAUUCUCAUGCACAUAAAUCACUCGUCAGACUCAAGACAUCACCAGCAGCACACCAAGAUGUUUGGGGCAUACCUUGCGUCUUCAAGUGUAUUGGCACCUUGAGGGGUCAUCGUGGUACUAUCUGGUCCAUGGUGUCAAAAGGCCAUCGUCUUUUUAGUGCUGGUGGAGAUCAAGUUAUCAAGGUUUGGAACAUGGAGAAUGUGCGGCUAGCAAAAUGUACGGAAGUCCUGGAAGGGCACGCUGAUGAUAUUCACACCAUGUGUGUUGGAGGUGGAAAACUAUAUAGUGCAGGAUCUGAUCAGGCAAUUAUUUCAUGGAACUUGGAAAAUUUAACUCUACAUAAAAAAAUAGAGAAUGCCCAUGACAAUAUUAUAUGUGCUAUUGUUUACAAUGGGCAGUACCUCUUCACAUCUUCACAUUCUUGCAUUAAGGUUUGGGAUGCUUCUAGUCUGGAAGAAGUACAUGAGAUGACAGACCUUCAUCACUGGGUCCGAGCGCUGGCUUUGGACGCUAAAAGAGAGAAGCUUUACAGUGGAUCUCACAAUGUAGUCCACAUAUGGGAUGCCACAGGCUCGUUUGAUCUCCGAGGAACCAUCGAUCACUCUCUGGGCUCUGUGUAUUCGUUGGCUGUCACUAAGCACUUUAUUCUUGUUGGUACGUACAACCAGAACAUUCACGUUUAUGAUGUAAACACCUACCAGUCCAUCAAGGCUCUUGUUGGUCAUAUUGGCACAGUCACGGGAUUGGCGCCAGCAGUGACGGGAAAGCUGUUGUUCUCGGCCUCCUACGACACAACAGUACAGGUGUGGAAUCUGGAUACUAUGUUACCAAUGCAAACACUCUCAAGACACGAAGGGAGCGUCAACUGUGUUGUUAUUCAUAAAGAUAUGCUUCUGUCAGGCUCAGAGGAUAUGGAGAUAAAGGUGUUCAAGUACUUCAAAGCGGAAUAAACUCUCGACUCGUCUUCAUCGUAGUCACCAUCAUCAGCAACAACAACUGAAACAAACGUAACCCUUUCACUGCCAAGAUCUCAUUAAUAAUUUUCCUUACUGUCUGUCGCACAAUUCUUGUGCUGUUAGUUCGGGGAAUUUGAUAUUAGCUCAACAAAUAAUCUCCCAAUUGAAAUUCUUCUCACCUGUCUGCUUGAUAUUGUGUCGGCAUUGCAAGGAGAAAUUAUGUCUUGGUCAGUGAUGGGAGUCAUAGGGUUCAUAUAACUUGACAAUAUUAUUUUCAUAAUUUAUUGUUGUAGCAGUAAGACGCAACGUCGCUUUAAACGCGAAAUGAAUUAUUACACUCCCGUUAGUGCUUGGAAAAUCGAAGAUGAGACCAAAGACGGGAGCUCCUGUCAACAUCCUUCACAAUCUUUUGUUUUUGCGUUCAAACAGUCUUGAAAAAAACAACGGGAAAGUUUCCUGGCCAGUCAUUUUAGAUGGAUUUAGAUAAAAUCGUUAGGACCAAAACAUUUAAAAAAGAAGUAUGUCGGGUUCUCCAGUAUCUUCUAACAACAAAGGUUUUAAUUUUAAUUCAGGCCUGUUUUAACAAAGAGAUUUCGGUGACUAUCAGAAAAGAUGAUGAAAACUGUUCACCGAAAGUUACUCGAUGCGUUUUAUAUGAAUAGCAUCUUUUAUGUUAUUUUUUUAAUAAAUCUGAAUUUUGUGUGAGUUA